CUGGUACAUGGUAUUGCUCCUUGCUGGAAGCGUUGAAUUGCUGCUUUUUCCGCCGCCAUUUGUAACUUUCACCCGCAUUUAGCCAGCUCUUUUGUCGCCGUUUAUUGAUAUUGAUCCAUCUCCUUUUACAACUCAUCUCAGAGCAGACUUGGACGAACAAAUAUUGAACAUUGACACCAUGGUUCGACUGCCAGAGCCCACGCCCGUUCCUCCCAACGUUCACAUAAACGGCACAAGCAGCCAUUCAGAGGAAGACGAGAAUGCCAGCAAAGAGAGAUUCUCAGUUCCCGCUCUCCAGCUUCAAAUCCAGGACCUCAAGCAUCCCGGAGCAACACGUUUCCUCAACGCCGUCAACGCAACCGACAGCUUGACCACCGGCACCCUGAAUCUCCUCAAGCUCCUAUAUCGCAAACCCUCUGACGCAGAGACGACAGUCCCGCCAACCAGCUCCGUGACACUCAUCCUAGAAAACUUCCCCGGCGUGGCCUACACCGUGGGCUCCGGCGCAGACAACAACGUAAAGGAGAUUCACUUCUCACUGCCGUACAUUGCCCAAAUCAACCCUUCUCGCAUAGCCGAGGAAAUCGACGGCGUAAUCACGCACGAGCUCGUCCACUGCUUCCAGUACAACGGCCACGGCGCUGCGCCAGGUGGUCUCAUUGAGGGCAUCGCAGACUGGGUGCGCCUCCACUGCAAUUUGUCUCCUCCGCAUUGGAAGCAGGAGGUUACAGAGAAUUGGGACGCCGGAUAUCAGCACACGGCUUACUUCUUGGAGUUUCUGGAGCAGCGCUUUGGCCGCGGUACUGUUCGCCGGAUUAACGAAAAGUUAAGAGGAAGCAAAUAUCACGAGCGGGAUUUCUGGAUGGAGCUUUUUGGUCAAGAGGUUGAAGAGUUGUUUACAGAGUACACACAAUCACUACAAUAGUGACUACAGUCAGAUGUUGGAGGGCUAUCUAGAGAAAGACAAGUGCAUCAUGUAAACGGAUGCUAAAGAUACGAGGAGCAUAUAAAGACGAGAUGAAGAGAAGAGCUAAUAGAUUUUUGCC